GCUGUAAAAAUUUCUUCCAGCAUAUAAUUAUGCAAUGUUUGGAGAGGGUUCUUGACUUAUUGGCACAUACAUCCGAUCCACUCAUUGAUUGGGAUCUGAAUAAUUGAGAAAGAGAUCAGAGAUGGCUUCUUUUGCUUUGGGUUCCCUCAUGGCAACAAUUAAACUGGAGUUUCUACAACCCAAUCCAAGGGUUCCUCUUGAUGAUGAUACACGGGGAUCAAUGAAUCCUUCGUUUAAAAGUCUGAGAAUGAUGGAAUUUUUUUUGGAGUCCAAACCCGCUGGGGGUUUGGAAAUGAAGAUCAGAGACUUUGCACUGGAAGCCGAAGACCGCAUCGAAAUACAACUAAGCAACUUUCUUCUUGCCAAGGACACACAGGAUCAAGAACAAGCUUCUCAGCAACUCCGGCAAACCUUGCGAGAAGUUUCAAAAGACGGAUCAAAGCUGUUGAACCAGUGUUACGAAGAAGCUGAUGAUGAUGAGGCACCACUGAUUCCUUGGUUGUCUGAAACAUCCUUGCGGCUGCAGCCUCCAAAGCUUGAGCGUACAAUGGUUGGUCGUCGCCAUGAUUAUUUACUGGUAAAGAACCAACUCCUCUUUGGCGGCGAUGAACAGAGAGUCAUCCUAAUUGUUGGGAUGACGGGUAUAGGAAAGACAACUUUAGCUGCAAGCGUCUACGAGGAUUCAUCAGUUGCAUCGCACUUCGGUGUACGAGGUUGGAUUACCGUGUCUCCGGAAUCCAACGUGAGACAAACGCUACAUGACCUUCUUUUGAUAGUAGCAGAGCCAGAUGAUGAAACUAAAAAGAGAAGCACCCGUGAUGAAACACUAGCUAAGCAGGUAUCCAAAUGCUUGGAAGGUAAGAGAUAUCUAAUUGUUUUGGAUAACAUAUGGAACAAUAAAGCUUGGGGUGCUAUCCGAGAAUGUUUUCCUAAUGAUAGUAAUGGAAGCCGUAUAGUGCUAAUCACUACGCACUUUGAUCAGGGUUCCUACUCUUGCUCAUAUGAUCAUCAUGUCCAUAACAUGACUUUGCCAUAUGAUCAUCAUGUCCAUAACAUGAAUUUGCUUAAUCCAAAAGAAAGUUGGGAUUUAUUUUGUAGUAAUCCUUUUCUUGAGCAACAUAUGGAACCUAAGUUGGAAAAACUUAGGAGUGGUAUUUUGGAGAAAUGUGAAGGAUUACCAUUGUCAAUUGUUACAGUUGCACAACGUUUAUCUAAAUGCAACAAUAUAAAACGAGAAUGGAAGAAGGUCGAAAAGGAAUUAGAGCUCCUAGGAGUUCUAGAAGAUAACACAGCAUUCACCCUCAGGUACAAUCAAUUGGCACAACAUUUGAAAAUUUGCUUUCUAUAUUUUGGAGUCUUCCCAAAACGUAGUGUAAUCCAAGUCAAACAGCUCAUUAGGUUAUGGAUUGCUGAAGGAUUUUUGAGUCCAUUGAGACAUGGAAGGCUAGAAAAUCAAGCUUAUAAGCAACUACUACAGUUGAUUGAUAGAAAUCUUGUCUUAAUUGAUAAACGGAGUUUUGAUGGCAGAAUUAAGACGUGUAAGAUGCAUAGUGUCUUGCAUAGCUUUUGCGUAAGGGAAGCUCAGAAAGAGAGCUUUUUUUGUGCUUUAAAUACUCAACAACUUCCACGAGGGUCAUUUAGCAUGUUUGCAAAUUCAUGCCGCUGGUUAAGUUUCUACACACAUAAGUUUGACUAUUAUGUGUUGUUUAGAACAAACAACCCUCGCUCCAUUUUCUUCUUUCAAGAAGAUGUUGAAAUAUCUGUGCCUUUCAAGUUGCUAAGAGUUGUGGCUUUUGCUCCAUCUUCAUUUUUUCAAAGAGUGCCAACACACUUGAAGGAUUUAGUGUUUUUGAGAUAUCUAUAUGUAACAGAAUGGUUUGAGGGUCUUGAUUAUGUAGUGUCAACCAAUCGAAACUUGCAGACACUUGUUGUUUCAAGUAAAGAGUCCCAACCUGGAACACCAACUCUCCAUUUGCCUUGUACAAUUUGGGAGUCGCCACGGUUACAACAUCUUGAACUUGGCAAUUCGUAUGUGAUUGAUAAUCCUCCAAGUGUGGUUAAAAAUAACAUGCAAACAUUGUCUUGGGUGAAUCCAUCUCAUUGCAGAGAGGAAGUGUAUUACAGACUUCCAAACAUUAAAAAAUUAAAAAUCUUCUUCAAAGAUGACUUGGAACCUAGUCAUCUGCAGACCGGUAGACCUUGCAACAAUCCCAUUACUCUGGAUAAUCUUGACUACUUGGUAUGGCUAGAGACGUUAACAAUUUUAGUUUCAGCAGGCUGUAUUGUAACUCGUCUAGAACGACCCAUAUUUCCUUUACAAUUGAAGAAGUUGAGGCUGAAUGGCACUAAUUUUUGCAAGAGGGAUUUAGCUUUAAUUGGAAUGAUGCCUCAGCUUGAGGUCCUGAAGCUAGAAAAUGCUUUCCAUCAGAAAAUAUGGGAAGUAGAUGAAGGAGGAUUUCGUCAGCUAAAAUUCUUGCUCCUUGAAGCAAAACAGCUUGAGCAGUGGAUAGUCAAUGAGGAGUCGUUCUUAUAUCUUGAGCGUUUAGUUCUAAAAUUUUGUUAUUGUUUGAAAAAUAUCCCUAUGGAGAUUCCAAAUAUUGGCACUGUGAAAUCAAUUGAGUUGCAACAGUGUGGCCGUUCUGUUGUCGCUUCUGCCAAGGAUAUUCAAGAAUCCAAGUACUUAUGCCGAAAUGGUAAUUUGAAGAUCAAAAUUGAAGGAUGUGAAUAUGAUGAAUCAUAGAAGUUACUGGGAGGAAUAUCUCAAAUUCUCCGGUCCAAUGGUGAAUUACAAGCUAAGGAAGAUUAAGUUGAAGAUGAUUUCUUUUUUUUUUUAAUGCAACUUUUGUGUUGUGAAUGUAUGUUAUCAUGCACUUUUUGUUUACUUGUGAAAAUAUUUCAAAUAUUUGUAUGGAAUAAGCAUGAGACUUAUUCAUCAAAUUUGUCGAAUGUACUUCUACGAAGAUUUUGGAUUUGUUGUCCUGAAAGAUUGUUUAGUUGUCCAAUUCACGUUACAAAUUUUUAACCAAAAAACAUGUG